AUGUCGGUCUUCAUUACUGUGGGAUCCACUGGAUUUGAUGAACUCAUUGAAGCGGCCACGUCAACAUCGUUCCUCUCAGCAUUGGAAACGUUAGGUCUUACGAGAAUCACGGUGCAAUAUGGUACAUCUGCUGUCCCGUUUCAGCGAAACAAGGAGGUUUACAGAGGCAACCUCACUGUUUCCGGAUAUGCUUAUAAGCCAUCGAUCACGGAAGACAUAGAGGAGGCGGAUAUAGUCAUUAGCCAUGCUGGAUCCGGGACGAUGAUACAAACGCUGCGGUUACCCAACAAGCGGUUGAUUAUGGUAGUGAAUUCGACACUCAUGGAUAAUCAUCAGUUGGAAUUAGCAAGCGCAAUGGCAGAGAAAAAUUAUUGCUUAAUUGGCGACAUCAGUGAUCUUGCGUCGUCCGUCCAACUUGCCUCUACCAUGACAUUCAAUAAGUUCCCAGCUGCCAGUCCGCAAAAGUUUGCUGCGUUGGUCGAUCAUCAUAUGAAUUUUGUAUGACUCCCCUAUUACGAAUCGUUUCUUGUUCCUCAGACCGGUACAACCGGAUCAAUCAAGUUUUUACAUUGUAUUGCUCGCACAUAGCUUAUUCCAAAGACAUAACAAGGAUAUUGCACUAGACCCAACCGUUUGAAGGCGUAAUUGGCGGAAUAGGGAUAGAGAACUGAUUCAAAUGUUUCUACAGGCUUUUAUAUGAUAAAAA